CCCCUGUUUUUCAUCAUCUUUCUCAAUAGAAUUUUGGAUACUACUAAAAAAGUACAGGGAGAUUUUUGUCAAUGCCCUCCUGGAGCUAUCUCCAUUUUCAACUCCAAAGUCAUUACUUUCUGUCCAAGGACAAAUGGAACAGGACGCUUGCCAGGAUCAAGAACAAAAGACAGGAAUGAUGUCCAACCAGCAGAAAAGCGCUUCUGAGGAAGUGACAAUGAGACCACAGCAGAAGCAGCCAUCAAUCACUGAAACUCUGUGGGGCCAGGUGCUGACAGCUUUUAAGGAUAUACAGCAUGAGCUGCAGAAAGAUGCUCGGGUUCGAGGCAUGAGCAACUGUUCUGUGAUAUCUGCAUCCAGGACUGGAGACACCAAACCUCCAGAUUUGGGGGUGAACCUACAGUUGAGAAGACAUCUCAACCCUGGAGAGCAGUUGCCUAUAGUCUGGGCCCAAAGAAAACAUCUCUCUGGCCAAUCAGCUUGUUACCCUGGACUGUAAUACUAUCAUUAAGGAAGAAAGCCUGUCCUUCUUCUACCAAGUGUUUCACCCAUGCAGUCUGUCCCCUGAGCUCUACCAUGCCUGCCCUGUUGUCUUCAGCAACCUCAGUUGCAAGGGUCGUCAUUCCUACAUGGACAUACAUUCAGUUGCUGGGAAAAGAGAAGAUAUAGGCAAAACAUCAUCAUUGGACCUGGAAAAGUGAGUAUUGCUCAUGGGAGAAGAUAUCAGAGACUUUGUUUGCAUGGGAAUUUGGAAAUCAAGUGAGACACAAGCACA